AUGGUUCAGUCCAUCGUUUCCACAUUUUUUGGAGUCUGUUUUCCACACACUGUAGUAUGUGACGAAGAUAACGACGAGGUGUUUAUUCAAUUGUACGAAGCCUCCUCUGCCGUCAAAGUCAUCACUACAAUAGUCUUACUUGAAAAAUGUGUACAAGAGUUUUUUCCAGGAGCUGACAUUGAAGCAUUUUUAUGUAAAAAAGAGCCUUUGAUGAUGGUGGUAAAUGGUGAAAUGGAACAACAAGCGCUUGGCACUUCGUUUUUGGGAACCAUUUUUGAAGAAAAAUUUCAUCUCAAAUGCUUAUCCGCAUUUAUUUUGCCUUGUGUUCCUUUAAUUCCUGAACACAUGAAAAGAAUGGUGCAUCCUGACGUAUCUCCAAAUCAUUUUGAAGAAGGCAUAAAAAAUGGUGACACAGAAAUUCCUGAAGAUGCUAACAUGCAACAUAACCAAAACUUUCUUCAUUCUGAUAACGACGAAAUCGAAAGUAAAUCUGAUAUGGUUUCACACACAGAAAAUGAAGAUGAAGAUAGACUAGAUAGCACCCAAGACAGCAUAGAAACUGAAAAUGUUGAGAGUAGUGACGAAGAGAGAGAUCAG